AUGAUGCCUGAGGAGGUGGAAGCAAGUGGAAAAAAUGUAAGGUUCUCCACACCACUUUCAGAAGUCAUGGCAUUCUGGAGCCAGGGCACCACAACAGAAGUGUGGCGUCAGCAAAAGCGCCCUUUCAACGUGAAGUUGGACCUGCACUACUGCGCAAAAUUGCAUCGUCGUAGGUGCAGUGCAUCCUCAUCUGGUGCUGCACAUUCAACGACUCGCUCUGCUCCGGUUUAUAAGGCCCCAAACCUCAUGGAGUAUCCCGGCCUACAAAAGAAGUUACGGGUACCUGUAAAGUACCCGUAUAUCGUGCGAGAUGGCGCACUAGUGAAUUCACUUGCAAACCGUAAUCUGGCCAAUUGCCCGCUGUUGCGAAGCGAAUCGUUUGCAACAGUUGGGGCUUGGAAGUUUCAUGUGGUGCACACAGCAGCGCACUCUCUCGAUGGUAAUUGUUUAAUGAGGGUGCAACAGCAACUGCAGGAACAGAUUACACCAAUUAUCACGAUAAUCCGACAGUUGUGCUAUACACAUGGCAUGACCAACAUGGAUUGGAAUCGCAUAACUGCACCAUAUGCGCGAAGUAAUGAGGCCGGAUUUGGUGAAAAUUAUUCGGCCACAUUAGUUACUGCUCAAGUUUGUCAACAACCGGUUCUACCUACAACCAAUUGUAACAAAUAUUUUGGUGAAGAAUUAAGUGAUAGCAGCAGUAAGUCAGAGACAAGGUAAUU